AUGAUAAUAAAAAUAGGAGUAAUAAUAGUGAUAUAUAUUGUAGGUAAUUUAAUUUUUUCUUCUAAACAAAAACAUUUAUUAAUUGUUUUAUUAAGAUUAGAAUUUAUUGUAUUAAGAAUAUUUUUUAUAUUAAUAUUAUAUUUAAGUCAAAUUGAAAAUAGAAUAUAUAUAUUAAUAGUUUUUUUAGUUUUUUCAGUUUGUGAGGGGGCAUUAGGGUUAUCUAUUUUAGUUUCUAUAAUUCGAACUCAUGGUAAUGAUUAUUUUCAAGGAUUCAAUUUAUUAUAG